AUGGAAGAUGCCAGCCCAUCCCACACUCUUCUCCCAUUUCCACCUCAGGUGCGCUUCCUGGAGCAGCAGAACAAAGUGCUAGAGACCAAGUUUCAGUUCCUCCAGAACCGAGAGUGUUGCCAGAGCAACCUGGAGCCACUGUUUGAGGGCUACAUCCAGACGCUGAGGCGGGAGGCUGAGUGUGUGGAGGCCGAUGGUGGGAGGCUGGCCUUGGAGCUCACCCAUGUGCAGGAGGUGCUGGGGGGCUACAAGAAGAAAUUCAUAUUCCCAUCCAAUGUGGACAACAACUACCUGCAUAAGUCUGAUCUGGAGGGAAAUAUGGAGGUGCUGAUAGAGGAAAUCAACUUCCUGAGGCAUCUGUAUGAGGAGGAAACUCACAUUCUCCAGUCCCACAUCUCAGAUACCUUGAUCAUCAUCAGGAUGGACAACAGCCGGCACCUGAACAUGGACCACAUUGUGGCUGAGAUCAGGACUCAGAAUGAUGACAUUGCUACCCGCAGCUGGGCCAAGGCCAAGUGCUGGUACCACAGCGGGUGCGAGGAAAUGAAGACUACAGUGAUCCAGCAUAGGGAGACAACGCAUCACACCAGGGAGGAGAUCAAUGAGCUGAACCACAUCAUCCAGAGGCUGGCAACAAAAAUGGAGAACACCAAGUCCAAGGACACCAUGCUGGAGACCGAAGUGACCCAGUCUGAGGAACAGGGCAAGGCAGCCCUCAAAAAUGCCAAGUUCAAGCUGGCCAGGCUACAGGAGGCUCUUCAGAAGGCCAAGGAGGACAUGGCCUGCCUGCUCAAGGAGUACCAGGAGGUCACAAACUCCAAGCUGGGCCUGGACAUCGAGAUCGCCACCUACAGGCGCCUGCUGGAGAGUGUCAGCAGCUCCCGGAGCAGGGUCAUGUAUGGGGACCUGCAUGUGCCAGCCUCCCAGUGGGUGACAGACAGCAUCUGCAGCACCCCGUGCAGAGGGAAGAAGGUAGCAGUGAGCACCAGCUGUUCUGUGUAUUUUGAGUAG